ACCUUCUUUUCUUCCGUCCAUCAUGGCACAUACAGCACAAACUAUAGUCGGACUUGGAUACUAGUGCGAGGCUAAUGUACUGUACUUACGUAGCCUCUUCUUGCGUAGCGCUACGGAUCGGAAGUUUCUCACCUUAGUCUCAUGGACAAUGAGCUGGCCUGAAUUCUGGUCCUUUCUGAUGCACAGAUCGCCGAUUAUAGGACUUCCAUUCUUGUGCGGCGUCUGUACGGCUGCCAUUGUACACAGCCCUGAGAAACAAAGAUUGCGAUAUCAAUCACACUACCAUCGCUCUCCCCUGCCCUUAGCGGAUAUCCUUUACGAUGUUCAAUCUAAUGCGCUGUAUAAACUACCUACCAUGCGUAUCUAAUAUUCGCAAAUCCACUCCUGUGGAUCUUAGCGAUGAUUCAACACUCACGGAUAUCAAGGCGGACGGUGGACUGAAAGAGAUAGCUGCAUCGGACGGCGGGUGGUGUGCACGUCGAUGUUCUCGGACGUCAAAACCGCACAGGUCAAAGCAUCGACUACCAAAAGUCUUGCAGCAGCUUUGUCAUGAGCAUAAAUGCGUCUUGUGCUCGUUGAAGAAGAGUGGCCAGGACGAACGACCUUUCUCUCCAACUCCCAUGAAGACUUUACUACGGGCACUCGGACUGGCACCUCAGCCUCCGAGUCUAACUCCCAUGAUGAUUUUACAACAAGAACUCGAACCUCAGUAUCCAUCGCUGUUCUUACCGGUGAAAAGAGACAACGACCUUCCCCAACGCGUUGGAGAUUUCUCAGACGUGUUUACAGCGAGAUACAGCGGGCGGAAAGUCGCACUGAAGAGGUUGCGCUACAUUCCAGCCCUAAGUGAUGCGAGACAUAUGAACUGCAACAGGACACUGGCGCGUGAAGCAUUCAUUUGGUCGCAGUUACGACAUCCUAAUAUCGUCCCGGUCUUGGGCUUGGACUUCACCAUUUCCUACACUUUGCCAACCAUCAUCUCUCCCUGGCAGGAAAAUGGAAACAUCAUGCGUUACAUGGAGUCUAUGCAGAAUGGGCCUUCCGGAGCUCAACUAAUUGGAUGGUUGAUGGAUAUCACGUCGGGACUUGAUUACCUUCAUCAAUCGAAGAUCGUACAUGGCGACCUGAGAGGUGUCAAUGUCCUGAUAUCCGAUGACGGAAGGGCCAUGCUGAGUGAUUUCGGGUUAUCCAUCUUCCAUGCAAAGUACGGUGGCGAAUAUGUCCGCUUUGAGACCGCACGUUGGGUGGCUCCUGAAUUGCUGUAUCCGCCUCCAACUAAGAAGGACUGUCCUACUUAUGCAAGCGAUAUCUAUUCAUUGGCUUGUCUCACCAUCGAGAUGUACACACGCGAGUGUCCAUUCUCAGGCCAUAGCGAUUUACAUGUUGAGCGGAUGGUUUUGCGCGGGGACAGACCGGAGAGGCCUACGAAUGGAUCUGGACAGCCCAUGGGCGACCCCCUGUGGAGAUUAUUAGAAUCCUGUUGGCAUGCUUCCGCUAGUCAAAGACCCAGUAUAUCUGAAGUCGUUGACCGUUUGAAGUUGAUUGCAGUAGAUACUCGUUCACGUUCUCGCUGAUGUUUAUUUCGCCAUGAUUGUCUCUUUAGUAUGUCUCUUAUGUGUGGAUCAAGGACUUGAUUCGAUAAUAUUCGAUAGCAGCUGUACCUAUAUUUCGACAAUCGGACACAAGAUGUAAUCGUGCGAGGAGCCCUUAUGCUCUGUAGCGCUUGUUCUUUUUCCGAAGGCAAGCGUAUUCGUAGUAUAAGUUGAUUUAGCGCCAGAGGUGGUUAUGUAUGGUAGUUCGUCGAUAAACAUUGUUCACCAGCAUCGCUUCUUCUC